GCCCCUCUUUAGUUCUGCGGAAGAGUCCCCUGAGGAGAGAGUGGGCAAUUCUUUCUCCCUCACAACCUGGCUUCCAUAUCAUAGAGGAGGCCUCCCCGUCGGUGCUGCCAUGGCUCUGCUGUCCGGCGUCAUCCGUCGCCUGGACGAGACGGUAGUGAACCGCAUUGCCGCCGGAGAAGUCAUCCAGAGACCGGCCAACGCCAUUAAAGAAAUGGUGGAGAACUGUUUGGAUGCCAAAGCUACCAGCAUUCAAGUGACAGUUAAGGAUGGUGGCUUGAAACUAAUUCAGAUUCAAGAUAAUGGUUGUGGAAUUAGGAAGGAAGACUUGGAUAUUGUAUGUGAGCGCUUCACUACAAGUAAACUGCAGACCUUUGAAGAUCUAGCUAGCAUUUCUACAUAUGGGUUCAGAGGUGAGGCACUGGCUAGCAUCAGUCAUGUUGCUCAUGUAACAAUAACAUCUAAAACUGCUGAUGGAAAGUGUGCUUACAGGGCAAACUAUUCUGAUGGAAAAUUGAAAUCUGCCCCCAAACCUUGUGCUGGAAACCAGGGAACUCAGAUCACAGUUGAGGAUUUAUUUUACAAUGUAACCACUAGGAGAAAAGCUUUAAAAAACCCUAGUGAAGAGUAUGCGAAAAUACUGGAUGUUGUGAGCAGGUAUGCCAUUCACAAUUCUGGUGUCAGUUUUUCUGUUAAAAAACAAGGUGAAACAGUAGCCGAUGUCAGGACAUUGUCAAAUGGGACGACUGUUGACAACAUUAGAUCUGUGUUUGGGAACGCUGUUAGCAGAGAGUUGAUUGAAGUGGGCUGUGAAGACACGGCACUGGCUUUUAAAAUGAAGGGUUAUGUGACCAAUGCAAACUAUUCUGUGAAGAAAUGUACCUUUUUGCUUUUCAUAAACCAUCGAUUGGUUGAAUCAAGUGCUUUGCGUAAAGCAAUAGAAACUGUAUAUGCUGCUUACUUACCCAAAAACACACAUCCAUUUCUGUACAUAAGCCUUGAAAUAACUCCUCAGAAUGUAGAUGUAAAUGUCCAUCCUACAAAGCAUGAAGUUCAUUUCCUUCAUGAAGACAGCAUUUUAGAACGUGUGCAGCAACACAUAGAGAGCAAACUGUUGGGCUCUAACUCAUCUAGGAUGUAUUUCACGCAGACGUUGCUACCAGGUGCCACUGUUUCUUCGACUGAUGUAGUCAAGACAACAAAUUCAUCAGUUGGUCAAGGGGGAGAUAAGGUUUAUGCCCAUCAGAUGGUUCGGACUGAUUCUCGAGACCAGAAACUGGAUGCUUUUCUUCAACCACUUAAUAAAUCUACAACUCCUGGACUUGCUGAAGAACCUGAAUCAGAUGUCCCCAAGAAUACGCGUUGUAAGGAAACCCAACUACAAGAUUUUGAGAUGGAAGAAUUCACUGACUUGAAUUCAGCAGUAGAAGUGGAAGAGAUACUGGAAAAACCACAAGAAAGCCGACCAAGUCCUUUUGAAGAUGUGCCUGCAAGAAAAAGGCAGCGAACAAACAGUGAUAUGGAAAUUGAGGAAGAUGCAGGACAGGAAAUGACCGCUGCCUGCACUCCAAAAAGGAGAAUUAUUAACCUAACCAGUGUAUUGACCCUUCAAGAGGAAAUUAAUAACCAAGCCCAUGCAAGCCUUCAAGAGAUGCUGCGCGAGCAUUCGUUUGUUGGCUGUAUUAACCCUCAGUGGGCAUUGGCACAGUAUCAGACAAAACUGUACCUUCUCAAUACCACAAAACUCAGUCAAGAAAUGUUUUACCAGAUCCUGAUUUAUGAUUUUGGAAACUUUGGAGUUUUAAGAUUGUCUGAACCAGCUCCUCUUUAUGAUCUAGCCAUCUUAGCCUUGGAGAACGUUGAAAGUGGCUGGACAGAAGAAGACGGUCCAAAGGAAGGCCUUGCUGAAUAUAUUGUUGACUUUCUAACAAAGAAAAACGAGAUGCUGAAAGAUUAUUUCUCUCUUGAAAUUGAUGCGGAAGGAAAUCUAACAGGACUGCCCCUUUUGAUUGAUAAUUACAUCCCUCCAUUGGAAGGCCUACCUAUGUUUGUCCUUCGUUUGGCCACAGAGGUAAACUGGGAUGAAGAAAAAGAAUGUUUUGAAAGUCUUAGUAGGGAAUUUGCCAUGUUCUACUCUAUUAGAAAACAGUAUAUCGUGGAAGACUCCAAUCUUGCUACACAUCAGGAUGAAGACUCUGGAGUAGCUACCAGAUCAUGGAAGUGGACAGUGGAACAUGUACUUUACAAAAGUUUAAGGACACAUCUUUUGCCACCUAAGCAUUUCACAGAAGAUGGCAACAUUUUGCAGCUUGCUAAUUUGCCAGAUUUGUAUAAAGUAUUUGAGAGAUGCUGAACACAUAUACGUGAAUUACUGUUUAUAGUUAUUAACGUUGCAUUGAAAAAUGAAUGUCAGAUUAAUUGCUGUAUAAAAAUGAACACUUUAGGUCAGAAACCAGUGGAGGUGUUUGUUUCUCGGUUUUCCAAGAUGCCUGAAUAUCUAGUUCUUGUGCAGACCUUUCACAAUUAAUUUGUGUGUAUGAUGUUUUGCCAUUAAAAUGUUAAUAAAAUUGAAAAGAUCUGUA